CCCGCGCGCGCGAGUAACCGGACCACGUCUGCAGAGCGCCCGGCACUCAGUAACUUGAGGCUGCCUAGCCGCGUGGACGGCAUGGUGGGAGACGACCCAUACAACCCGUACAAGUACUCCGACGACAACCCCUAUUACAACUACUACGACACGUAUGAAAGGCCCCGGCCUGGGAGCAGGUACCGACCCGGCUAUGGCACCGGCUACUUCCAGUACGGUCUCCCGGACCUGGUGCCAGAUCCCUACUACAUCCAGGCGUCCACUUACGUGCAAAAGAUGUCCAUGUACAACCUGAGAUGCGCUGCGGAGGAAAACUGCUUGGCCAGCUCAGCAUAUAGAGCAGAUGUCAGAGAUUAUGAUCACAGGGUGCUGCUAAGAUUUCCCCAAAGAGUGAAAAAUCAAGGGACAUCGGAUUUCUUACCAAGCCGACCAAGAUAUUCCUGGGAAUGGCACAGCUGUCACCAACAUUACCACAGCAUGGAUGAAUUCAGCCACUAUGACCUGCUUGAUGCCAACACCCAGAGGAGAGUGGCUGAAGGCCACAAAGCAAGUUUCUGUCUGGAGGACACAUCCUGUGACUAUGGCUACCACAGGCGGUUUGCAUGUACUGCGCACACACAGGGGUUGAGUCCUGGCUGUUAUGAUACUUACAAUGCAGACAUAGACUGCCAGUGGAUUGACAUCACAGAUGUAGCACCUGGAAACUACAUCCUAAAGGUCAGUGUGAACCCCAGCUACUUGGUGCCUGAAUCGGACUAUUCCAACAAUGUCGUGCGCUGUGACAUUCGCUACACAGGACAUCAUGCGUAUGCCUCGGGCUGCACAAUUUCACCGUAUUAAAAAGCAAGCCAAGACUCCCAAUGGAUAAAUCAGUGCCUGGUGUUCUGAAGUGGGAAAAAUAGAUUAACUUCAGUAGGAUUUAUGCAUUUUGAAAAAGAGAACAGAAAACAACAAAUGAAUUUUUGUUUGGACUUUUUUAUAACUAAGCACGUAACUGGAUUUUGAACAUUUAAAUUGGCAUUGUUUGGAAAAAUUUUAAUAUUAUUAUCCACAUUAUUUUGUGAAUUAACAUGUUUCAAUUCUGUAGUUGCACCCUUGGCUCUUUCAAAGAAAUCUAAAUUUAUGCUCUUUUUGAAAUUAUAAUACAGAAGAGAAAGUAAUAUUGCAAUGAAUGAGCCAAAAUUACUUUGAACUGGGAAUUUUCUAAAGUGCUAUAACUUAAGUGAACUACGGUAAUCAUUGGCUUAUAUAUGUCCUGGCUCCUACUGUUUAAAUAGGUAUGGACACAUUUGGUGCUGAGAAAGGAACAAAUGCAUUACCAUUGGUCUCAAAAAAUAUUACUAUAUAGCAGAGAAAUGGCAGUAUAUGUAUUCAGAUAGCUACAUCCCUAUAUAAAAUUUAUGUUUACAUUUUUUAAUUAGUAGAUAAACUUUCUUUCUGUCAAGUGUACAAUUUCAUUCUGACAUACGUCAGUUUUUAUUUUGGGACAAAUUAAGUAAUUGAGCUGCCCAACUCUCCCUGACAUUUGUUGAUGCUCCACUCUACUCUUUAAUUUUCCUAUGGGCAGAGACCUUUUAAGUGGCAUCUUAAAAUUACCCUUCUGGGGACUGGUAUACAUAGGACAACUGUGUCAGUGGGAAGUUAUUCUGAUGACAAACAUGAUAUAUCAAAAGCUAAUGCACAAUUAAGUAUAUUGAAGUACUAGCCAAAAAUUUUUUCUUACAGACAUAAAAUAAAAAGUAAAAUUAACAAGUCCCUCAAACUACAACUGUCUCUCAAAUAAUUUUUAAAAAGUAAUGAAAACCAUCUUAGAAUUUUCUACAUUUAAAAAAAUGUUCAGCUUUAAAAAGAGGAAUGCUAGACAGUUUUAAGUUAUCCAGAAUAGAUGACAUAAUGUGUGUGGAUACAGGAACCGUAUCCUAUGUCAUCCAGGAAUCAGUCGUGUGUGUGUGUGUGUGCGUGUGUGUGUGUGUGUGUGUGCGCGUGUGUGUGUGUCUGAAAUAUAAUCAAGAUUAGCAAAGCACACAGCAUUAUGUACUUGAGGGGUUGGUGAAUAAGGGUAAAAAAAAAAAAAUACUUUCGGCAAAACCAAAGGCUGUGCUGCAUAA